UAUCUCCGCGGCAGCGGGCAGCUUCCUCUCCUAGCCGGACGGAAAAAAAGCUGAUUUGCUCUGCGGAGAAUGGACUAGAAAAGAGAAAGAAGUGGGAGAACACGUAGGAAACUGUUGCAGAAGCCCUGAGUCCCUUCUGAGAAUCAGGCGCAGGUGGAAGAAGCUCAAGAGACCGUGAGGCCUGAGUGUUAAAAAUAGUCAUAAUUUCAGCUGAACUCGCUGAGAUGACGGAGGGAAUGGGCUGGAGAGAAGGAUGUGACCUGGAAUCUUUAUGAGAAAGGGGAAAUAUUAUUUCGAGUUGUCCAUCGUACAUGCAAAUGGAGACGUCAAGGAAGCAAGCCUUGGGUUCCGAGGAGAGGCUGGGAUUGGAGCUGUCAGCACGUGGAGAUGGAAAGUCGUGAGUCUAGUAAAAUAGGCACAAGAUCAGCAGCUCAGAGUGAAGGUGGGGGAAGAGGUGAUACACGUUUGAAGAGAGGGGGUGACCUAGUCCAGCCAGCCUUGGCCACGUGGAGCAGACCUGUCAGAGUGCUUUCGGACCAGUCCCCGGUGUCCACCAGCACACUCACUGACCCUGGUAUCUGGGUGGAGACCUGAGCUGGGAGGAAGAAGGAACACACUCCUGAAAGUUGACCCUCACGUCGUGCUUGUCUCUGGAAAUCGUGGAGGAUAGCAACAUGGAGAAGAAACCCCAGGAGAGCAGGCAGGAUCUCGGCCGUAGAGAGGGCCCCCCUGCGGCCAGGCUGCUGCUCGCGGUGGCUCUCACCAACGCGCUCCUCUACCUCUGCCUUGAUCGGUUCUUCAUUUCCCCGCCACAGCCCCUUGUGGAUCCCAGGCACUGUCCCCAUGGCCACUUCAGAAUGGGACAUAUGGAAACCUGCUCCCCGUGGCUGUCCUGUGAGGCGCUGAGAGCAGAAGUGAGGCCGCUGAAGCGCGUCGGGGAAGGAGCCGUGAAGAGGGUCUUUCUGUCUGAGUGGAAGGAACGCAAAGUUGCUCUCUCACGGCUCACCAGUGUGGAGAUGAAAGAUGAUUUCCUUCACGGACUGCAGAUGCUGAAAUCUCUGCAAAGCAAACAUGUUGUCAUGCUGCUUGGCUACUGUGAGGACGACAACACUAUUCUUACUGAAUAUCACCCGUUAGGUUCCUUGAGCAACCUGGAAGAAGCUCUAAACCUUUCAAAGUACCGACAUAUGAACACGUGGCAGCACAGGCUACAGCUGGCCAUGGGCUACGUCGGCAUCAUUAACUACCUGCACCACAGCCCGCUGGGCACACUGGUCAUGUGUGACUCCAACGACCUGCCCAAGACACUGUCUCAGUACCUGCUGACGAGCAACUUCAGCAUCGUGGCCAACGACUUGGACGCCUUGCCGCUGGUGAAUCACAGCUCCAAGUCAUUUGUGAAGUGCGGCCACAGGGAGCUGCGUGGAGAUUUUGUGGCUCCAGAGCAGUUGUGGCCCCAUGGAGAGGACAGGCCUUUUCAUGAUGACAUCAUGCCCUCGUAUGACGAGAAGGUUGACAUCUGGAAGAUUCCAGAUGUCUCCAGUUUCCUUUUGGGGCACGUAGAAGGGAGUGAUAUGGUCCGAUUCCAUUUGUUUGAUAUUCACAAGGCAUGUAAGAGCCAGACUCCUGCAGAAAGACCCACUGCUCAGGAUAUCCUGGACACUUACCAAAAGGUUUUGAAUUCACUCCAAGAUACUGUGAUGUCUCAGACACGAGAAAUGCUAUAAAAAAAGUCCUAUUGUUGAAGGUUGGGAUUUAAGCAUCCCUACUCUGAUGGAGUUUUUUGCUUGAGUUCCGUGUUUCAUUGCUUCUUGCUGUUUAGCCAUGUGGAUCUUUCUCUCCAUCCUCGUGCACAUUCGAGUGUGUUCUGCUCUCCUGACAACCUGAGUGGGAGAUGCUCUGCAAGAGCAGACCCAGCCUGAUUGAAAUCUUGCUUUGCCGUCUUACCACCGAUGGCUUCCUGGUGAAGAUGCAGAGGAGCAGUGAAUCUAACCAGGAUUCUAAGGAAGUAACAAAAAUGUAGCCACAAAGAGGCUUCACCUACUUAAUGACUGAAUGUAUAAGCUUGUAAAAAAUGUAUAUAGAGAUUUUUAAAUGGCAGUAUAUGAAAGAAACAUACAGUAGUUCUUCAAAGAACAUUAUUUUCCCUGAUUUUUAAAAUGGUACUGAACAUACGGGGUCUCCAGAGCAUUUGUCUUUGACCUGGUAGCAGUGGGGUCAUCUUUAUUGUUUCAAAUGAUUGUUCUAUGAAGCUCCUGUGCCAUCCUCUUUCCAGGGAGCUAAAGGGUAACUAUGAUAGCAUGCUCUUUGAAAUUUUGAAUGGAUAGGAAUACUUAGGACAGCAAAUUUUAGGGAAAUUAUAUCUAUGUUACUGCCUUUGAUGGGGCGUGUGAAAUUCCUGUUUACCUUCCAGCUGGGUUUUCUGUGCCCCAAAUUAAUUGUGAACAUUUUACAUUAAUGGUUAUCACUCAUUACAGGAAAGUGUGAAGUCCUUCUACUUGAGUUUGCAUGAUUGGCUCUUUCUAAAAUCCUUUCCUGUGGCAUUCUCAUCUCAUUUGUAGGGGUGAUGGGUUUGCUGCAUAUUAUCACUAAUAAGGGGGUUGCUGCUGAUGUUCAGAGGCAAAGCUGCUUUGUAGUGGACUCUGCUAUCCCCUGAACUUGAGCAGCAUCAGCAUCACCUGAAAACACAGAGAGCUGGGUCUGUUCAAGAAUUUGCCUUUCCAGCUGGUUCCCAGGUGAUGCUGAUGCUGCAGCUCUAGGGACCACAUUUCAAGAACCACUGCCCUUAACUGUAAAGGAGGGCCACACAGGCAGUGGGAAUAGGGCAGUAUUAUUAGUAUUAUCCCCUUUUAUACCGCCUGUGAUUGAUUGGGUCCUGUAGUUGGUUAGAGAAUAUGCUUGCCCAGAUUAUUUUAACUGUUACUGUGAUGCUAACAGGGCACUCCCUUCACAUUGGGUUUAUUUUGCUAUAAAAACUCCACCAUAACCCAUUAAGACGGCUGUGAUCAAAAUAAUAAUAAUUCUAAAAAGGACGGAUGAUAACAAGUGUUGUCAAGGAUGUGGAGAAAUUGGAACCCUUAUACAUUGCUGGUGGGAAUGUAAAAUGGUACGGUCACACUUUGGAAAACAGUUUGGCAAAAAGUUAAAAAAUAGAGUUACCAUGCAAGAGUAUCACAAAUUUUCUGGAAAAAUAGAAUUAAAAGAUAAUAUGAAUCUUUCCAUGAAUUUUGUGAAGUAUCCGCAUAUGAUCCAGCAAUUCUACUCCCCAAAGAACUGAAAACAUAUGUCCACACAAAAAACAUGUGUCCACAUUAUAUGCGAAUAUUCAUGGUAGCAUUAUUCUUAAUAGAAGGUAAAAAUAUCCCAAAUGUUUGUCAACAGAUGAAUGCAUAAACAAAACGUAUACCCAUGCCAUGGAAUAUUAUUCAGCUUUAAGAAGGAAUGAAGUUCUGAAGUGUGCUACAACAUAAUGAACCUUGAAAACGUUAUGCUAAGUGAAAGAAGCCAGGCACAAAAGACCAUAUAUGAUAUGAUUCCAUUUAUAUGAAAUGUCCAGAAUAGGAAAAUCCAUAGAAAUAGAAAGAUUGAUGUUUUCCAGGGGCUGACAGGAGGUUGCAGUUGAAGGAUGGGAAGUGAUGGCUAACCAGUACGGUUUCUUUUUGGAGGAUGAAAAUCUUCUGAGAUUAUAUCGUGGUGAUGGUUGCAGAACUCUCUGAAUAUGCUAAGUACCACCGAAUUGUAUAAAUUGGGCAAAUUUUAUGGUAUGUGAAUUAUAUCUCAAUAAAGCUCUUACUCAAAAAAAAUAUACUCAAGACUCCUAUACCACUAAUGAAAUUUAAGGAGUUAUAAGUAUGAAUUUUCUGG